CCAGGCUGCAAGCACAAAGGAAGUUUGCUCAAUCUCAGCCGAAUAGUCCCAGCACAACUCCAGUAAAGAUAGUGGAGCCAUUGCUACCCCCUCCAGCUACUCAGAUUUCGGACCUCUCUAAAAGGAAGCCUAAGACAGAAGAUUUUCUUACCUUUCUCUGCCUUCGAGGUUCUCCUGCGCUACCCAAUAGCAUGGUAUAUUUUGGAAGCUCUCAGGAUGAGGAGGACGUCGAGGAGGAAGAUGACGAGACAGAAGAUGUCAAAACAGCCACCAAUAAUGCUUCAUCUUCUUGCCAGUCAACCCCCAGAAAAGGAAAAACCCACAAGCACGUUCACAAUGGGCAUGUUUUCAAUGGUUCCAGCAGGUCAACGCGGGAGAAAGAACCUGUUCAGAAACACAAAAGCAAAGAGGCCACUCCCGGGAAGGAGAAGCACAGUGAUCACCGGGCUGACAGCCGCCGGGAGCAAGCUUCAGUGAACCACCCUGCAGCAGCACCCAUCACGGGCCCUUCGGCCAAGGGGCCCGCUGCCAGCCACCACCACCCCCCUCUGCAUCGGUUGGCUCAGGACUUACGGAAACAGGUUUCUAAGGUAAACGGAGUCACUCGAAUGUCAUCUCUGGGUGCAGGUGCAGCCAGUGCCAAAAAGAUGCGCGAAGUCAGACCUUCACCAUCCAAAACUGUGAAGUACACUGCCACGGUGACGAAGGGGGCUGUCACAUACACCAAAGCCAAGAGAGAACUGGUCAAGGAAACCAAACCCAAUCACCACAAGCCCAGUUCUGCCGUCAACCACACAAUCUCAGGGAAAACUGAAAGUAGCAAUGCAAAAACCCGCAAACAGGUGCUAUCCCUCGGGGGGGCGUCCAAGGCCACCGGGCCCGCCGUCAAUGGCCUCAAGGUCAGUGGCAGGUUGAACCCAAAGUCAUGCACUAAGGAGGUGGGGGGGCGGCAGCUGCGAGAGGGGCUGCAGCUGCGGGAGGGACUGCGGAACUCCAAGAGGAGACUGGAAGAGGCACACCAGGUGGAGAAGCCGCAGUCGCCCCCCAAGAAAAUGAAGGGGGCGUCCAGCCCCACCGAGGGCCCCGGCAAGAAGGCCCCGGCCGAGAAGGCUCUGCUAAAUGGACACGUGAAGAAGGAGGUGCCCGAGCGCAGCCUGGAGAGGAACCGGCCCAAGCGGGCCACGGCCGGCAAGAGCACGCCCGGCAGACAAGCACACGGCAAGGCGGACAGCGCCUCCUGUGAAAACCGUUCUACCUCGCAACCGGAGCCCGCGCACAAGCCGCAGGACGCGGGCCGGCCCGAGAAGGGCGGCGGCAAGGCCGGCUGGGCAGCCAUGGACGAGAUCCCCGUCCUCAGGCCCUCCGCCAAGGAGUUCCACGACCCGCUCAUCUACAUCGAGUCGGUCCGCGCUCAGGUGGAGAAGUUCGGGAUGUGCAGGGUGAUACCCCCUCCGGACUGGCGGCCCGAGUGCAAACUCAACGACGAGAUGCGGUUCGUCACCCAGAUCCAGCACAUUCACAAGCUGGGCCGGCGUUGGGGCCCCAACGUGCAGCGACUGGCCUGCAUCAAGAAGCACCUCAGAUCUCAGGGCAUCACCAUGGAUGAGCUCCCACUCAUAGGAGGCUGCGAGCUCGACCUGGCCUGCUUUUUCCGACUGAUUAAUGAGAUGGGCGGUAUGCAGCAAGUGACUGACCUCAAAAAAUGGAACAAACUAGCAGACAUGCUGCGCAUCCCCAAGACGGCCCAGGACCGGCUGGCCAAGCUGCAGGAGGCCUACUGCCAGUACCUGCUCUCCUACGACUCCCUGUCACCUGAGGAGCAUCGGCGGUUGGAGAAGGAGGUGCUGAUGGAGAAGGAAAUCCUCGAGAGGCGCAAGGGGCCGCUGGAGGGCCACACGGAGAACGACCACCACAAGUUCCACCCGCUGCCCCGCUUCGAGCCCAAGAACGGGCUCAUCCACGGCGUGGCCCCCAGGAAUGGCUUUCGCAGCAAGCUCAAAGAGAUGGGCCAGGCCCAGCUCAAGACAGGCCGGCGGCGACUCUUUGCUCAGGAAAAGGAAGUGGUCAAGGAGGAGGAGGAGGACAAAGGUGUCCUUAACGACUUCCACAAGUGCAUCUAUAAGGGAAGGUCUGUUUCUCUAACGACUUUUUACCGAACAGCAAGGAAUAUCAUGAACAUGUGUUUUAGCAAGGAGCCUGCACCAGCUGAAAUUGAGCAAGAGUACUGGAGGUUAGUGGAAGAGAAGGACUGCCAUGUGGCAGUGCACUGCGGCAAGGUGGACACCAACACUCACGGCAGUGGAUUCCCAGUGGGAAAAUCAGAGCCCUUUUCGAGGCACGGAUGGAACCUCACCGUCCUCCCCAAUAACACAGGGUCCAUCCUGCGUCACCUCGGUGCUGUGCCUGGCGUGACUAUUCCCUGGCUAAAUAUUGGCAUGGUCUUUUCUACCUCAUGCUGGUCUCGAGACCAAAAUCACCUUCCAUACAUUGACUACUUACACACUGGUGCUGACUGCAUUUGGUAUUGCAUUCCUGCUGAGGAGGAGAACAAGCUGGAGGAUGUGGUGCACACGCUGCUGCAGGCCAACGGGACGCCAGGGCUGCAGAUGCUGGAGAGCAACGUCAUGAUCUCCCCAGAGGUGCUGUGCAAAGAGGGGAUCAAGGUGCACAGGACGGUGCAGCAGAGUGGCCAGUUUGUCGUCUGCUUCCCGGGCUCCUUCGUGUCCAAAGUGUGCUGUGGCUACAGCGUCUCCGAAACCGUGCACUUUGCUACCACCCAGUGGACAAGUAUGGGCUUCGAGACCGCCAAGGAGAUGAAGCGUCGCCAUAUAGCCAAGCCGUUCUCCAUGGAGAAGCUGCUCUACCAGAUUGCACAGGCGGAAGCCAAGAAGGAGAACGGCCCCACUCUCAGUACCAUCUCAGCGCUUCUGGAUGAGCUCAGGGAUACGGAGCUGCGGCAGCGCAGGCAGCUGUUUGAGGCCGGCCUCCAUUCCUCCGCGCGAUAUGGCAGCCACGACGGCAACAGUGCGGUGGCGGAUGGCAAGAAAAAGCCUCGAAAGUGGCUGCAGUUGGAGACGUCAGAGAGGAGGUGCCAGAUCUGCCAGCACUUGUGCUACCUGUCCAUGGUGGUGCAGGAGAACGAGAAUGUCGUGUUCUGCCUGGAGUGUGCGCUGCGCCAUGUGGAGAAGCAGAAGUCCUGCCGCGGGCUGAAGCUGAUGUACCGCUAUGACGAGGAACAAAUUAUCAGUCUGGUCAAUCAGAUCUGUGGCAAAGUGUCUGGUAAAAACGGCAGCAUUGAGAACUGUCUCAGUAAACCCACACCAAAAAGAGGCCCCCGCAAGAGAGCGACGGUGGACGUGCCCCCCUCCCGGCUGUCAGCCUCCGGCUCAUCCAAAAGUGCUUCGAGCUCAUGAAGAUGCCAACACCCGUGGUCGAUUUCUAUAUAUUUUUUUGUAAUUAUUAUAUUCUAGUUUGGAGUACUUGCUGUAGGAUACAAGCUGUCUUUGCACUAGCUCUAAAGAAGAUUUUCUUCUGGUUUUAGAGAACUAAUUUUGUUUUAGCAUUAAACUGUUGAACUUUUUUUUGUACUUAGAAAACCUAGAUACUGCAGUCAGAUUUUGGAAACUGCCGUAUAGUCACUGUUUUAAAAACCCUUGAGGGGCUGUAUUAAUUUGUAUCGCCCCUAUGGCUGACAAAAGCCUUGUUUUGAUUUUUUUUUUUUUUUUGUAACUGUUGGGGAACUAAAGGCUUUUUAACCCAUUUUUGAAGAGGGUGAAGUUUGGAGAACAAAUUUUAAAACCAUCAGUCAUGUGAGCAGAUUUUUCUAGAUCGGAAAAGGGAUAGGAGAUACACACCCACCCACACACACACAGAAGAAACUUGAAAAGAAAUGGCUUUGCUUGGGCUGUCUUUCUUCUGCCAUGUGCGAGACGAGCUUGUCAUCUCGAGAGCCGGAGCACCCCUGUCUGUUUCUCGGGGCGGUCGUGGCAGCCGAGGCGGACCUUGUUUCCUAACCGUAGGCAAAGUGAGGCGCUUGGCCGAGUAGGUUCUUUACCAGCAAUCACUAUGCACCUGUCUGAGGAAGCGCGCGCGAGAGGAAGAAGAAAAGGACUGCCUGCCUUGGAGGGGUCACGUGAGGGAGACCUGUGCCUGAUUUCAUUAGGAAAUCCAUUCUGUUAUUUUUGGUGCUGUUGGCUACUUUAUCAAAAACCCUUCAAUAGCAUCCUUGAGAUAAAAAAAGGAGAAACGUGGUGGAAGCCACGAGGGCUUCUCUGUCAUCGAUGUGCAAUCUUUCUAACAUUCCGUCUUCAUCUCACUGCUUCUUGUUUUACACCUUCACACGUCAGCAUUAAUCUCUUGAGUUUGUUUCGUUUGUGAUCACAUUUAGAGCCACUAGGAGGUCCGCGGUUCUUUUUGAAUGUGAAAUGCAUUUGCGCUCAUCUUGUCUAUUUUUUCUCUUCAUGUUGUAACAAAAGAAAAAGAAAAAGAAAAAAAAAAGAAUCCCAUCCCUUUUGUACAUACGCCUGUAAAUUGUUUUAAAUACUUGAGCCUUUUUCUCGGUGGGGGGUGGGGAGGGGUGAGGAGACAAGAUGAAGAAAAGCCUUACAUUUCAGUUUCUUCAUCGGUUGGAUUGGAUGCUUACAGGGUUUUUCUUGUAACAUUUAUAAGUGCUGCUUACAUCACUGAACAACAACAACAAAAUAAUAAUGGAGUAGCUGUUGCCCUUCUCCGGUUGUGUGUACAGUAUGUGUGGAAUAAAAAAGGGAAACUGUUUUCACAAGCUGUUCUUUGUUUCAUAAUUGGAUUCAUCGGUCCCGUAGCUACCCAUAUUGCACUGAGCUUGCCAGUGGUGACUGCCAGGAACGUCCAUGAUCCACUUGUUGGUUGUUGUUGCAGAAGACUGAACUGUUUUGGAAUAUUUAACGAUUACAUAAACAGAGUCAAGUGUUUUCCAAUGUGGUUGUCCGGUUUUUAUGGCCUUGCUGUGUACUUUCCCUCUUUUGACAGUAAACUUCUGCCUAUGGCUUACAGUUUGACAUUUAAUUUAUUAGCGCUGCUCUGCACCCUCCCUUGGGAGGGAAGACUUCAUGUGGUUUAUUGCGAGUUUUCUGUUUACUUUUCAGGUUUGUACUACAAGGUUUAAUAAUAAAACAAAGUUUUUUGGACA